AAUGAUAGUCAAUUGCGGCGCCUCGUACAGAGAAGACUAUAGAGAAUUUAUACUUUGUAACAAUAAUAAUAAUAAUAAUUAUAGAAUUCUUUUUGGCGAUUAUCAUAAAUUCACCCCAAAAUAAAACAAUGUCUAGUACGAGUAUACAAAUUUAAUUGUUCUUAAAAAUAUAAUUAAAUUCGAAAUAAAUUCGAAGAUCGCGUGUCAAUAGUUCUUUGCGAUUUAAAAAAUAAAUAAACUGUCUUCAAAUGAAGAUCACUGGCACGAAAAUUUGUAUACUGUUGACAGUAAUUUCGGUUAUUUUGGCAGCAGUCAUACUCAUUUUGACAAAUUUCGGUCAAUCUUUUCUUCUUCACGGAAAUGAGACCAAAAGGCCUGAUCUUAUGUCUGAUGCACCAAGUGCAUCGAACUCAUCACCUUGGAGGCACAACAUCAGUCGCGAUGCUAUUCGUGCCAAACAAUCGGAGGUAAUGCAAAGCUUUAUCAACGAGUCGGUUGAUCCAUGUGAUGACUUUUAUGAAUAUGCAUGUGGCAACUGGGAGAAGCAUAAUCCGAUUCCCAAUGACAAAUGGCAGUAUUCAACCAUUCAAUUAUUACAUCACAAUCUUGAGAAUGAACUGCGGGAACUCCUAAUGGAACCAAUUAGUCAUGAGAAGCCGCCAAGUGCCAUGGACAAAGCAAAGAUGUAUUAUAAAAAUUGUGUUGAUAAAGAGGCAACUGCCAAACGAGGAGUUGAACCACUUUUGAAGUUUGUCAAGGAUUUAGGUGGAUGGCCAGUGUUGGAUGAGAAUUGGAAUGAGAAUGAAUUCGAUUGGAUUCAAUUGGCAAUCAAUUCAUCGUACAUCGGGAAUGGUGUAAUAAUUGCUUAUGAAGUUGAAAAGAAUCCAACGAUUUCAACGGAAUACACGAUUUUUAUGGAACAGACGACAUUGGGAAUGACAAAUCGUGAUAAUUUCUUGAAACCGGAAAACUCAAAGAACCUUGAAGCUUACAGAAACUUAAUUGAAAGAGUCCUCCUCAUGCUCGACGUUAACGCUCAAAAAGCUAAAAAUGUUUCCCAUGAAAUAGUCAACUUUGAAAUCCUCCUAGCAAAUGCAACAGUUCCUCCUGAAUCCACAAAAACACUACCAUACUUUCAACCACCACUAUCUUUACUAAAAAGUGCCUAUGCAUAUCUUGAUUGGAAUCGAUACAUUGCUGGAAUACAACAAAAACAUUCAUCAGAAAUUAAUGAAAAUCAAACAGUUCUAAUGCAACUUGGUGUACAAUAUUAUGAAAAUCUUUAUUACGUUCUAUUACAAACUGAAAACGUUACAAUGGCCAAUUACAUGAUUUGGCGAUCUGUUCUGUUCGUAAUGAUAUCGCUUGAUGAUAACUUCCGUGGAGCAUGGGAUGAUUUUAACACUGCCGUUACAGGGCAAGUUGAACCGAAUCCUUUGUGGAAGAUAUGUGUCAAUCAAGUUAAUUGGAACAUGGGAAUGGCAACAUCCGGAAUGUUUAUUCGGAAGUAUUUUGAUGAGUCAAGUAAAAAUGAAACAAUCAAAAUUAUCAACUCAUUGAAGGAGACUUUUGAUGAGAAUCUUAGUGAGUUAGAAUGGAUUGAUGAUGGUACAAAAUCAUAUGCGAGUAAAAAGGCCAAUGCAAUGCGGAUUGCUGCCGGUUAUCCGGAUUAUAUUCGAUCUGAGAAAAUUCUAAACAAACUAUAUCAAGAUAUUGAAAUUAUGGAAGGAAAACAUUUUGAAAACUGUUUAUCCUUGACAAAGCACACUCGACAAAAGAGUCGAGAUCGUCUUUUCAAACCAUUUGACAAGGAUCACUGGUUCUUACCACCAACGAUGGUCAAUGCACUCUACGAUACUGGAGCUAACCGGAUUAUCAUUUUAGCCGGUUUACUGCAACCUCCAGUCUUCCACAAAUACUUUCCACAAUCUUUAAACUACGGUGCCAUGGGUAUGUUCAUGGGUCACGAGCUAAUUCAUGGCUUUGAUGACAUUGGUCGGAAGUUCGAUGUUGUUGGAAACUCACUUAAAUGGUGGAGCAACGAGUCAAUUGCACAUUUUGAAGAAAGACAGAAAUGUUUCUUGGAACAAUAUGAAGUCUAUGCAAAGAAAGAUCAAACUUUUAAAAGUAUUGCAACUUUGAGUGAAAAUCUAGCUGAUAAUGGUGGACUAAGGCUAGCUUUUAAAGCUUAUAAAAAAUGGCAAAUGACAAAUAAUAACUCAAAAUCUAUUGAGGAUGAAACUUUUCCAAAAAUGAAAUUCAAUGAAGAACAAUUGUUCUUUUUGAGUUUUGCACAAUUAUUUUGCUCAGCAUUGAGACCCGAAGCCUUAGUGGAAUCACGAAGCUAUGAAGCUCAUAGUCCAAGGAAAUAUCGGGUAUUGGGGGCUUUGACAAAUUUUGAUGAAUUUUCCAAAGCUUAUGGAUGCCCUUUGAAUAGUACGAUGAAUCCGGUUAAGAAAUGUCGUUUAUGGUAAGGAGAGCGAGCUUAUUUACAUAAUCUCGAUAGAACUUAUUUAUGUUAAGAUUCGAUUUUGUACAGUUUUAUAAAUAAAUUAGAGUUAUUAUGAA